GAUGCGAUGCACAGCGCCGAUGGGGGUGUUGUUCACCCUGGUCAGCCUGCUGGAGCUGGCUGUGACUCUGAGAAUUGCAGCCUUUAACAUCCGGACUUUCGGGGAGACUAAGAUGUCCAAUGCCACCAUCUCUAGCUACAUUGUGAAAAUCCUGAGUCGCUAUGACAUCGCCGUUGUCCAAGAGGUCAGAGACAGCCACCUGGUGGCCAUUGGGAAGCUACUGGAUGAACUCAAUCGGGACAAACCUGACACCUACCGCUAUGUGGUCAGUGAGCCUCUGGGCCGCAACAGCUACAAGGAGCAGUACCUUUUCUUGUACAGGCCUGACCAGGUGUCUGUUCUGGACAGCUAUUACUAUGAUGAUGGCUGUGAGCCCUGUGGAAAUGACACCUUCAGCCGAGAGCCGGCCAUUGUAAAGUUCUUUUCCCCUUUCACUGCCGCAGGCCAACUCCAGUCCAGGCUGGUCUCUGGAUACUAUGGCCCUGGCAUGUCUGCUAUCUCCUCAGAGGUCAGAGAGUUUGCGAUAGUGCCCUUGCACGCAGCCCCAACAGAUGCUGUGACUGAGAUUGAUGCCCUCUAUGAUGUUUACCUGGAUGUCCAAAAAAAGUGGGACCUGGAGGACGUCAUACUGAUGGGGGAUUUCAAUGCCGGCUGCAGCUACGUCAGCUCCUCCCAGUGGUCUUCCAUCCGCCUCCGGACAAGCCCCGCCUUCCAGUGGCUGAUCCCCGACAGUGCUGACACCACGGUCACAUCCACACACUGUGCCUAUGACAGGAUCGUGGUUGCUGGAGCUCUGCUCCAGAGUGCUGUGGUUCCCAACUCAGUUGGUCCCUUUGACUUCCAAGAAGCAUUCGGACUCACCAAGCAGCUGGUACGUGUCCUUCCUUCAUGUGGUUUAAGCUAA